CGAUCCAACCGCUCUGUCGUUGCUGAUAUUUCACCCGCUAUUGAGAUCCUUGUAUUGAAUAGUCAUGACAAUGCACCCAAACUUUAAUGUCAAGCGAGUCUGUUAUCGUCCAAAGCAUUUUGUAAAAGUGCACCAAUGGGAAACCAGCAUUAUUGUGACGUCACCUUAAUGGCGUCUCCUUGUCACAACUUUUUGGUGUUAGUAUCACAAAAACGAGCCAACUCCCGGUUAUUACCGCAUCAUAAACGCUCUCGCGUGGUUUACCGACUCGGUGACGCAAACGAUUUUGGUUCUGAGAAUGAAGAACAAUGAUCGAAGACAAAAUCAACUCGGUGAAGUCCCUCUAUGACUCGCUUACCAGGCAACACGAUGCUCUGCAGAUCAAGGCAAGCCAACUGGAUGAAAUUUACAACCUGAAACAAGAAAUGUGCCAUAAGCUAAAUUUCCAGUGCAAAGAGUUUGAGCAGGAGUCUAUCAAGCUGGUCGAGGAGAAUCGAAGGGUCAUGGAAUUGCUCAGACAGUACAGAUGUGAAAUCCAGGAGGUCAAACUCAAACAUCGAAAGCAAAGAAUGAUCUUUGAGAAUCACCUUCAGCAACUUCUGGAGCUGCAUAAGAAGCUUUACGCUUUUUUCUAUCCAAAGCGACUCCCAGCUGAAAUAGAGAAAGCAAGAAUUGCAAAGCAGCAGCUGUUGUCAGCUGAAGAGCAUAAAUUGGAUCAGCUGCGCCGCCUUGAGGAGGUUUGGGAGAAGGCGAAUCAGCAGGACUAAGUAAUGGUGUUGGACAUCAUCUGGAUAAAACAAAUGUGGGGAAUAAAUAUGCCACUAAGUUGGUAGACAAUUACUGUCAAUUUAAUUGUUUGCUUUAAAGCAUGUUGUUAAAUAACAUUAAUUCUCAGGUUCAUCUUCUUAAUCGUUCUCUGGUUACGUCGUCCUUCUUGAUGCAUAAGAUUGGUUCUUUACUGUGUCACACAUUCGUCAUAUAAUUAUCUACAGUGUGUGCUGUAAAAUAUGUAACAAUAAAUAGAUUUUAAGUCAGUAAAAUGCUGGAAACCUUUUUGAAGACCGUCUUUCAUCCUGCUAAUGCUCAUCCUCACUAAACUUUCAGUGACUGACCCUGCGAAGCACCUUCUAAAGGUUGAGAUCAUCCUUAAAACCAAUAAGAAAAACGAAACAAAAAUAAAGUAAAAUUGAUUGCGCUUGAUCUUGAGCUUCUGAUUUGGUAUGUUGUUUGUCAGGCACUACCUGUUAACGUCCGAAUGAAUUUCCUUAUUCAAAUUCCUGGUUUUCCUGGUUUUGAUUCUGAAGAUUACAGGUGGUUUCCAAAAAGCAGACAAAAAUAGGUCUAAAAGGUCUAGAUUUCUUGCAGUGUUUGUUGAAUUUGUGGCUCUUGAAGAAGGGCUGCUAAUAUAUAAAAAUAUAUAUAUUUUAAUUAUUUUUAAUAUUGUUGUAAAUAGGAUUGAUUAAGAUUGCUCAAAUGCUUGUUUUUUUUUUACUUCAUUGUCUUCAUAUGCAUUUUCAAGAAUGGUUGCCUCAGAUGACGCUGUUAUUAAUGUACACUAUAUUUUCAAUUAAUUUACUAACUUGUGGCUCCUAAUGGACUGACAAAUCCAAACUAUGUUCAUAAAGUAAUUACAAAAAAACAUCAAGUUAAAGAUACUCAUAUGACCAUUCAGGUUUAUUUUGGGGAAGAGUGUCAUCUGAAAUUCAACAGUAUCGUUCUCUUUUUAAGCUUUUUUUUUUUUUUUUUUUUUUAUCACAAAGGGUGUUUUUACUCAGAUUAUUCAAACAAGUAUUUUGGUCCAAAGUCCCUAUUGUUGUGACCUCUCAGGACCUGUUUUAGGAUCACAAACUUGACAAACCUUUAUAUUAAGGGUUUAAAAACAUCAAAGGCCUCACUAUGGCUACCUGCAUGAUCCAGUUGAAUAUUCAAACACAUUCAAAGUCUUAUUCAAACCUUAGUUGCGUGAUGACCCAGAUAACUGAGCUCGCUCACAACAUGUGUUUCGUUCUAUUUGAGUUUUCUUUUAUUUUGUGCAUGCACUUGAACCUCCCCUAGCCGUCUCUUUGAGCUUCCCAGCUGGAACUCAUUGAUCAAUCAGUGCUCGACCACUUGCAGCAUCUCAACACUGGUAACCUGGCUCUACUCUGUCAAGUUUUGUAGACUGGGAUGUUGUGCUUGUUUUUGCUCUGGUGCCCAAGUUUCUUAGCUAAAUUCGGUGUAAUUUUGUUUGGUCCUGUACCAUAAAUGGGUGUUGACACUCAUAUGUGCUUAUUGUUUUUAGGCCCGUUUUUACUCAACAUUAUAUAUCAAUCUGAAUACGAAUAGAUCCUUUUGUCUGCGCUUUACAUUCAUUUUGUCCGUAUUUCUGCAUGUUCUGCACAAAGCCCAUGGAUGCGGGCCAGAUGGAGCAGUACCACCAGAAACAGUAGGGGGGCAGUGAUACGUAGAUCUGAAGAGACACGAAGAAAACAACGGUGGCAAUUCUCUGUCCUCCAGUAGCAAUAUAUUUAACAACCUCACCGACCACCACCUCCCACAAUGUAUCCUCCGUUUCGUCUUCUGUGCAAGGGGUACGUCAUCCGUCUUUCUUCCUCAGUUGGCAUGUUUGCUUUGGAAUUUGUCCUUUUACUAUGGGCUGCUCCCCAUGUUGGAUAUGUUGGUGAACAGCAAUACCAAUGUAAAGAACGCAUGAAAGUAUGUGAUCGGUGAUGGUGGUGGUGUAACAUUGUUUGAAACGGAGGGUACAAUUUCGUACGUGAAGAGACCAUAAAUGGGCCUUAAGUACUUAAACCUUUGUUAGUGUGGGUUUUUUCCUUUGUUUUGUGUUUUGCUUGUGUUAUUCUGCUUCCUGAGAGUUUUGACCGCAACCAUAUAUUUUGGGUUUCAGAUUCGUCUGGCUUCUGUUCGUGAUGUUCAGUGACACCAUCUGUUGGAUCUUUGGGUUAUUUUUCAGUCUUCCAUUCCGAUUUAAUAAAC